UGUGUCUCCAGGUGCCGGAGCCCUGACGCAGGUCCUUUGGGGCCCGGUCUCUCCUUUUCCUGGCGGAUUAAAAGCUCAGGACUUGGGCUCGGAGUUUUGUUUAUGAGAAAAUAUGGGGGUUUUUUUGUGCCCGUCCGGCGAGGCGGAAGGAAAGGGUCCCGGUCCCGGCAGGAGGGCGGCCCGGUAAUCCCUUCCCUUGGCACCCGCGUCCCAUGAUUAUUUACGCUCCGAGUAAUGAUUAAUCCCGCGGCCGUUGGGAAAAUAGCCCAAGGUGUGCCUCGGCCUCCUCCGUAUCUCGGGAAGGAGGAGGAGGAGAAAACCACGGGUAUUUAAUCUUCCCGGCUCGGAAAUCCCGCAAUCGCAGCCGUCGGAAGCCAUGGAGGAGUCGCAGGCCGGAGGGGACGAGUAGCAAGGUUUCCGGUGACGAUGUUCGGCGCUCAACCCGCGUACGAGCCGGAUCCGGCCGAGUGGGCCUCGCGCUCGUUCUACGGGGGGGCGGAGGGGUCCCCGUCGCAGCCCUUCUACCGGUGGAACUCCCCGCCGGGCCUGGUGCGCGUCCUGGAGGGCGUGGGGCUGCUCCUCUGCCUGGUCACCUUCGCCUGCGCGGCCUCCACGCUGGCCUGGGACUACGGCGGCUACGGCAGCGGCUACUACGGCAUGGGCGGCUAUGGCAUGGGCUACGGCAGCGGCUACUACGGGGGCGGCUACGGCAUGGGCUACUACGGGGCCACGCUGACCCCGCGCUCGGCCAACGGCUUCAUGGUGGCGGUGUCGGCGCUCUGCUUCCUGGCCCUGGUGGGCCUGGCCGGGGCCGGGUUCACCCGCUCGCCCUCCGUCCGCUCCCGCCGCUUCUUCCUGGCCACGCUCGCCCUGUGUGCGGUCCUGGCGGCGGCCGUGGCCGUGGCCUCGGUGGUGUACGUGGUGGGGGUCAACCCGCGCUCCCAGAUGUACGGCAGCGGCGGAUACUACUACGGCGGGGGGGGCGCCAACCCCAUGCUGGCCCUCUGCAACCAGGCCUACGCCGCCGGAACCAGUGGCGCCGGGUACAUCAACCAGUACCUCUACCACUACUGCGUGGUCGACCCACAGGAGGCGAUUGCCAUGGUGUGUGGCUUCCUGCUGGUGCUGCUCCUGUGCGGGAUCUGCUUCUUUGCGCACAAGACCCGUCAGAAGAUGUGGCGCUACGGGAAGAACAACAUCUUCUGGGACCGGCCGCCCGCUUUCCCGGAGGGGCCCAACGUCGAGGAGUGGGUGAAGAACGUGAACGGGGUGAGCAGCACCCACGAGGAGACGGCCACCCUGGCCUAUUCGGAGAAGCCCCCCAGCCCUUCCCAUGCGCCCCCCGGCCCCACUGACGCCCACUACCACGCCCGGGAAUCCCCCAGCAGCCCUUGGCCCCAAGGGAGCGUGGAGGAGCCGGCCAGCGGACCCUCGGCCCGGAAGGGGAGGCGGUGGCCUCGGGGUCGGCACGUGCGGAGCCCCCAGACGGCGGCGGAGGAGGAGUCCCAGGACGAGACCGACGGCACCGUGGCCCCCGAGUCCGGGGAGGAGCGGGACCCCGACCCCUGGAGCAGCCUGUACCCGGCCAUCACCUCGGACGGGGCCCGGCAGAGAUACAAGGAGGAGUUUGACGCCAACCUCCGGCGCUACAAGCAGCUCUGCGCCCAGAUGGACACCCUCACCGACCACAUCCAGCAGCUCAGCAAGGAGCUCGACCUCCUCCAAGAAGGAAGCACCCAGUACCAGGGAGUUGCUGAAGAAUACAACCGCCUGAAAGAUUUGAAGCGCGCGCCCGACUACCAGGCCAUGAAGAUGGAGAGCCGGUCUUUGCGGAAGAAGCUCUUCCACAUCAAGCGCAUGGUCAGCGAGUAUGACAAGUGCCGGGGAUGACGGACGGACGGACACACGGACGGACGUCAAGUCAACCAUAGUCCCGCCUCCGGGAAAGAUCGACCAAUCACCUGCCUUGGAUUUUUUGUACAACGUUUUGAGCCUCAGCUUCCUGCACGAAAGUGAUUAAAAAACAAAACCUUGUAUAGAAA